CACACACACUCGACCAAGUACGAAGCAAUUAACGUGCUAUCUCUCAUCGACGCCGAGCGGCCGUGCUGCAACGCGCACGCCGUCGCCGCCGUACUCCUCUUCGUUUCCUCUCCUCCGCCGUGGCAUCCGUCAUGUCACGUCGGGCCAUAGCCGGCUCACUGACACGUGCCCCUCAGCUGAUACGUCCAAUCACGAUACAACCGCCGCCCUUUCCCCCCGCUCGCUUCUCAUCAUCAUCAUCAUCAUUAUCACCAUCAUCGCAGUCAGUGUCAACCGCAUCGGCCAUGGAUCCUCCGAAUUCGAGCUCGAGCGCCAGCCCGCGCUUCUCUGCCGGCACCGACGAGGCGUCCGCGCGGGCGGCCGUCGCGUCGCUUCUGGCGCGGCCGUCGCCGUCGCCGUCGUCCCCUGGUGGUGAAGGACGCUGGGCGCUCGUCAAGGACGGGGAGGCUCUCGAGCGGAGCUUCAAGUUCAAGACGUUUGCCAAGACCUGGGAUUUCAUGACGGCCGUGUCGCUGCAGUGCAAGCUCAAGAACCAUCAUCCAGAGUGGUCCAAUGUCUACAACACCACGUACAUCCGCUGGACUACGCACAACCCGAAGGGCCUCUCGAGCAAGGACGUCGAUCUGGCGGCCGUAUGCGACGCCUUGGCCAAGGACUUCGGCGAGCUGCCGCCCGAGCCCGUGAGCUGCGCCGUGCGGGACGUGGCGGACCGCGUCGUCGGCGAGGCGGGGCCGGACUGCUGCACGCCGAAGAAGUGACGGCGUUGGAAGGGUGGAUGUAAGAUUUGAGUGCGCUGUACUGUGCCAGGAUAUCAAGCACUCUGGGUGGUGCGCAUCAGACUGUCACAGCAUAAGGAAUGGAGCGUGGAGCGUCCAUGGGCAAGACGGAUCUAGUACGAUGCCGCGUCGUCUACAGAGGGUCCAAUCGCUCACUGCUGUAGGCCGACUGCGCGGCCUUCAACUUACGGGGCAACAUGACAAGGUUCAAAAUGAUCGGCCGGCGAUGGUAUUAUUAGUAUUCGUCUAAGCCUUCCCCGGGCCUGCCACAAGGUGUGCACCGGCCACAAUGUAUAUACAAG